GAUUCAGUAGUGACUAUAUCCCAGCAAGAGAUGAAUGUGACUAUUGCGGCACACUUUUAAAUCUUCCAAGUUUGAACCCUAUAGAUGACAAGGACCUUGUAGAAGGUAAUUACAAAUCUAAACGUCGAAAAAAAUCAAAAAAUGCGGAAACUGAAAAUUUGUCUUUAGAAGAUAAUAUUCUUGCACAAUUAGAAAAAGAUAAAAGCGCAUUAAAUCGAGUAGAUGAAGCUUGUAAAAUAGCUAUAGAUAGAUUUUUAAAU